CUUAGAGUAUAUAGCAGGAGAGUUCAGAAGUCAAGAAGAAACUGUAAUGCUGUUGAGUACUGAUUCUCACACCAGAUAAUAAACUCCUUGAACCUACUCCCAGAUGAAGGGGUGUCUGCAACCUCAACUGAUUCUCUCAAGAGAGAUUUGGACAAGCGCAGUAUCACAAUAUGCAUGUGACCUUGAAGUGCUCAGCCUCUCCAUAAGCAGUUUGUACCUCUAUCUACUGUCUGAGUCGUAGGGCCCCCAGUGUGGUUAUGAUGACUUCCAUGUGACCGGGAUUAUUGGUCAUUAAAAUGCAACUCAGUGGGACAUUUGAUGUUAAACUUGGAAAGAGUUUUCUUGAUCGAGAUCCAACAUCAUAUAUGACAAUGCGUUGUGAUUUUAUGCCUGCCUCAGUAGACCGGUCACAACCUGGCUUAAUCAGGGUAAAUGAAGGUAACGAGGUUGUUGUUGACAUGCCUAAUGUAACAAGCACCAACUUGGACGCAACAACUACAUUUCGUGGGACUGCUCGUUCUGUUCAGAAAGAAUGUAUUUUGAUAUAUAAUAAAAAGACCCAUGAGUUGACUUUAGAGCGAAUUGCACAUACCGUGCAGUUGAAGAAAACUCGCGAAGGACGAAAGCCUGAUACAGCCUGUCUUCCUAACUCGGAAGGUUCACAGUUGCUCCCGUUGCCUGACCGUUCAGGUCAAGAAACUAACUUGAAAUCUAUCCGACCUACUCCGCCUAAAAGAAAACCACCCAAUGAUCCUGAGAUGAUGUCUGUUACUUCAAAUACUACAGCACAACAGUCAUUGGAGAAGAAAACACACUCAAGAACUCUGAGUAGCAGUAGUAGUAGUAGUAGUGCUUCCAGUAGCAGCAGUGAUAUGGACGCGGAGUCAUCGGAUAGUGAUGAUGAUGAUGACAGUGUUUCGGAGAGUGAGUCAAGUUCUACUCUGAGCAGUUUAUCAAGUGAAAGAAAGAAAUCAGCGAAAACUAAGCCACCCUCUUCAAAUACAAAAUCUGAUGCUAAAGCGGUGGUUAAUCCGAAUUUGUCAGCUCAUCGUAAAUUGAUUGAGCACGAUUUAAAGCUUAGUGACUCUGACUCUGACUGUUGCAGUGACUAGGAGAUACUACAACCGCCGGGAUUAGUUUCCUAAUUGUUUUCAAAUAUAAAUUAUUAAUAAUGUUUACUAUAAAACUGAUCAAUGAAAUAGUAAAAUGUUACAGAAAUUGAUUAUUUCUUCUGACAGAUUUUGUGGUGCUAAUUUAUUUUAAAAUAAAUACUGUUGUUUAUCGUGUACCACAUUCGAUUUUUUCGUUGAACAUUUAACAAUAAUCACUAGUUCGUUGGAGAAUUUAAUCCACUAACUUUCUUUAGUGUUUAUAAUGUGUAUUGUGGCGGUGUGUGUGUGUGUGUGUGAACCAAAAUGGAUAGUGGUGUUUAUUAAUUUGAUAGUAGUACUGUAAUGGGGAUCUCAGGAUAAAUCUGCUUCACUGAUGCUGGUUGCAAAUAUAAUAGUAUUUCGUAU